AUGAGUAGUGUCACACUGAACAUAUUUACUAUCAUUGUUAGUGUAGAGUUCCUAAUGGGAAAUUUAGGAAAUGGAUUCAUAAUCCUGGUGAACUGCAUGGACCUGAUCAACAGCAGAAAGAUCUCUGUAGUGGAUCACCUGCUCACUGCUUUGGCAAUCUCCAGGAUCAGUCUGCUCUGGUUAUUAUUCACAAAUUGGUGGAAGGCUGUUUUUUUUCCAACUUUCUGGAUGAAUAUAAUAAUGGUAAGAAUAUUGUACAUGGUUUGGAUUGUGACUUGUCAUUUUAGCAUGUGGCUUGCCACGUGCCUCAGCCUCUUUUAUUGUCUCAAGAUAGCCACAUUUUCCAAUUCUAUUUUUCUUUAUUGUAAAUGGAGAGUUAAAAAGGUGGUUUCAGUGAUGUUGCUGGUGUCUCUUGUUCUCUUGCUUUUACAACUUUUGCAGUCAAAUAUGCAUUUGGAUAUGUUGAUUGAUGAGUAUGAAAGAAACACGUCUUACAGGUCCAGUUUUCCUGACUUUCUUGAGUUUUCAAAACUUCUUUUAUAUAGCAACACGCUGUUCACAUUCACAGCCUUUGCUCUGUCCCUGAUAACUUUUCUCCUCCUCAUCUUCUCCCUGUGGAAACAUCUGAAGAGGACGCAGCACAGUGUCAGAGGGUCCAGAGAUGUCAGCACCAAGGCCCACAUACAAGCCUUGCAAGCUGUGGUUAUCUUCCUCCUACUGUACACAACUUUCUUUCUGUCAAUUUUUAUGCAACUUUGGAAAUUUGAGUUUUCAAACAUUCUCUAUUUUUACUUUUGUCAGAUUGGUGAAAUUACUUUUCCUUCAAUCCAUUCAUUUGUCCUAAUCCUGGGAAAUAAUAAGUUGAAACAGGCCUAUCUUUCAGUGUUGAAGUGGCUGAAGUGUGUGGGUCCAAAGAUGAAUCUCCGGGUUCAUAAACCAUUUGGAGGAUGUUGCAUAUUCUAA